CAAAGUACCUUUCAACUACAGAGUCAACGACCAUGGCCGACGCUCUCAUCUCCACUGUUGUCGAGCAGCUGAUCAACAUCCUGAAGCACCAAGCCCAGGAGCUAAAAAGAGCUUUGGGUGUGGAGAAGGAGAUCGCAAACCUCUCAUCAAAGCUCGAGAAUAUCAGGGAGGUAUUGGAUGAUGCAGAGAAGAGAAGCUUUAAGGAUAAGGGCAUCAAGCUCUGGAUCCAAAAUAUCCAAGACUUCUGCUACCAAGUGGACGAUGUUCUGGAUGAGUGGAGAACCAGAACUCUGAGACAACAGAUCGAGAGCCCCGAGGCAAGUCGCAGCUCUUUCCUGCCUUCGCGUUCCAAAUUCAAAAGGUUUGUUAUGCAUCGAGACAUCGCCAAGAAAAUAAAGGAGCUUGAUUCAACACUUGAUCGGAUUACGAAAGAGAAAGAUCAGUUCAGAUUUGAUUAUGCAUCUAUAACACACACUUCUGCAGCAUCACACUCUGAUCAGGAAUUGAUGCGAGUCACCACUGCGUUUGAUGUGGAUGCGUCACAUAUUCAAGGUAGGAAAUCCGAUGCCAGUGCUUUAAUAAGCAAGUUACUGGAGAAUCCUGGAGAAGAAGAAGCAAGAAAUGGGCCUCAUGUGAUUUCCAUAGUGGGCACGGGAGGGAUAGGGAAAACUACCCUUGCUCAACUAGUCUUUGAGGAUGAACAGAUCAAGACUCAUUUUGGGGAUGAAAGGGUGUGGAUUUGUGUUUCCGACCCCUUUGACCAGAUCAAGAUUGCAAAAGCCAUUGUUGAGUCAAUCACUAAAAGCUCCACGGAUCUGUCCCAACUCCAACUCUUACUGGAAAAGAUCAAAAGCACUUUGUCUGGGAAAAGGUUCCUACUUGUGAUGGAUGAUGUGUGGACAGAGCAGUCUGCGAAGUGGGAGCCAUUGAAGAACUCUCUCAAGGAUGGACUCCCCGGGAGCAGAAUCUUGGUGACCUCUAGGAAAGAGAGGGUUGCUAAAAUGAUGGGAAGUGUGUAUCUGCAUCAGUUGGAUCUAAUAUCUGACUCCGAAGCUUGGUUGUUGUUUAGCAGGAUAGCAUUUUCUGGGAGAAGCGAAGAGGAUUGUGAGAAACUGAAAGAUAUUGGUCACAAAAUUGCUCAAAAGUGCAAAGGAUUGCCACUUGCUGUUAAGGUCAUGGGAAGCCUGCUAUGUUUCAAACACACUAGAGAUGAUUGGCAAAAUGUUUUAGACAAUAAAAUUUGGGAGUCGGAUGAAGUGGUAACAGAACUCUUCCCUCAUUUGUAUCUAAGCUACAAUGAUUUGACCCCAAACAUGAAGCAAUGUUUCUCAUACUGUGCUGUCUUUCCCAAAGAUUAUAAAAUGAAGGUAGAUAUGCUCAUCAGAAUUUGGAUGGCACAAGGUUAUGUGACGAUGGAAUCAAAAGGCAGGGAGUUAUUUCGGGGUUUAGCAAUGCGCUCUUUCUUCCAAGAUUUGAAGAAAGAUGACAUGGAUUCCAACAUUAUCAAAUCUUGCAAAAUGCAUGACAUAGUGCAUGAUUUUGCCCAGUUUCUUACUAGAAAUGAAUGCUACAAUAUUGACCAGCAUGAGGAUAAGGUUGGAUUUAAAAAUCUACGUCAUCUUCAGUCAUGGCAGGACACUGGUAGGAAUAUGAAUCUCCCUUCCAUUUGUGAUAUUGGAAAACUUCGUAGCUUUUUUGCUAAAGACCUUUCUCCUGCACAACUUACUCUUGAUUUGUUUAAUGGUCUGAAAUCUGUGAGAGUAUUAAGUUUGCAUGGUUGUGAAUUGGAAAAACUCCCAAAGAAGAUAGGAAAUUUGAUUCAUCUAAGGUACAUUGAUCUAAGUGCGAGUGUUGUAAAUGAGUUACCAGAUGCAGUUUGUUCUUUAUAUAACUUGCAAACUUUAGAUCUUAAAAGAUGUGGGAAUUUUUCAAGACUGCCAGAUGGGAUUGGAAAUUUGCGUCAACUAAGGUACAUUGAUUUAACUUGGAGCGAACUAGAGACGUUGCCCGAUACAAUUUGUUCUUUGGAGAACUUGCAAACUUUAGAUCUUAAAGGUUGUGAGCAAUUUUCUAGACUGCCAGAUGGGAUUGGAAAUUUGCGUCAACUAAGGUACAUUGAUUUAAGUUGGAGCAAAGUUAAGACGUUGCCCGAUACAAUUUGUUCUUUGGAGAACUUGCAAACUUUAGAUCUUGAAGGUUGUAAGCAAUUUUCUAGACUGCCAGAUGGUAUUGGAAAUUUGCGUCAACUAAGGUACAUUAAUUUAAGUUGUAGCGAAGUAGAGACGUUGCCCGAUACAAUUUGUUCUUUGGAGAACUUGCAAACUUUAGUUCUCAGAAGAUGUGAGUAUUUUUCUAGACUACCUGAAGGGAUUGGAAAUUUGAUAAACUUGAGACACCUUAAAAUCAGAGGCAGCAAUAGGCUGGAGAUGAUGCCCCCAGGUAUCGCAAAGCUAACUCAGCUUUGUAGUUUAAGUGGGUUUAAGGUGGGGAAAGAGUCAAGUAAGUUGGGAUACAUGGAGAAGCUGAACCAACUCAAAGGGAAUCUGUCCAUAUUUUUUUUGUGCGAUCUGAAUAACGCAGCAGAUGUGGAGGAAGCAGAGAAAGCAGAAUUGAGAAACAAGAAGCACAUCAAAGAAUUGUGUUUGAAUUUCAGUGAUGGAGUCGAUGUGGGAAUAGAUGUGAUGGAAGCUCUGAAACCACCUCCGGAACUGCAAACCUUGGAACUUAUUGGGUACGGAGGAAUCCACCUCCCUUCCUGGAUUUUACUGUCCCUUGAUAAUCUACGGAAUCUUGAAAUCUGGAAUUGGGUAAAUUGUUCAUCUUUGCCUCCAUUAGGCAAACUGCCUUCUCUGGAGACUCUUUUGAUAGCGGGAAUGAAAGAGCUAAGAUAUGUAGGGAGUGAGUUUUUGGGAGUAGUAGAAGUAGGUGGUGUUGCUUUUCCAAAGCUGAAGACAUUGCAGUUCUACGAGUGUAACGAGUGGGAGGAGUGGGAAGACUUGAAAGAAGAAGCAACAAUAAUAAUAAUGCCAUGCAUCAGGGAGUUGGUACUAUCUGAUUGCAGGAAACUUAAGACAGUGCCACAUCACCUCUUAAGUAGGCUGCAGGAGUCUUUGAAGAUCGUCAGCUGUCCGGGAGUCAGUGUGGGAAUAGAUGCUCAGAAACCACCUCUGGAACUGCAAACCUUGGAACUUACUACGUUCGGAGGAAGCCACUUCCCUUCCUGGAUUACACUGUUCCUUAAUCUUCGGAUUUUUAAAAUCAUUGGGUGCUUCAAUUGUUCAUCUUUGCCUCCAUUAGGCAAACUGCCUUUUCUGGAGACUAUUUUCAUAGGCGGAAUGAAAGAGCUAAGAUAUGUAGGGAGAGAGUUUUUGGGAGUAACAGAAGUAGGUGGUGUUGCGUUUCCAAAGCUGAAGAAAUUGGAGUUCUACCAGUGUUGCGAGUGGGAGGAGUGGGAAGACUUGAAAGAAGAAGCAACAAUAAUAAUAAUGCCAUGCAUCAGGGAGUUGCUACUAUUUCAUUGCGAAAAACUUAAGACAGUGCCACAUCACCUCUUAAGUAGGCUGCAGGAGUCUUUGAAGAUCUUCCACUGUCCGCUUCUCAAAGUUGAAUAGAUCGAGUCAAAUAUGUGACACUCCACAUGCCGAUCAGGUGUCAAAAUGGUGAUGUCAUCAUGCUUUCAGGUAAGGCCUCGGCUUCUACUGGAUGGAAGUCGUGGUAACCUUAUGGUUACGAAGUUAUCAGUCCGACCAACUUGAUCAUUUGAGCAAAAAUUAUCAAGUUUAUCUCUUUUACAAUUUGAAUCUCUACUACUUUAUAUAUUUUUUCGGCUUGAUGUGAAGGUGUGAACUAAACAUAUCUUGAGUUUUGUUAUACGAAUUUGUAAUUAUGAAAGUGUGUUUUAAUAAUUUGUCUAUAAUAUAAAUGAUUUGCAAGUUGUGUAUAUUUAUCAA